AACCUUGAUCAUUCUUGAUCCUCGAUCCUUGAACGAAGCUCAGGCCAAAGCCGCAUUUGGAACUUGUGCACAGCUAUGAAUCAAAUAUCAGCAUAAAAGUCAGCAUCUCUGCAUGAGUUUUUCUGUUAUUAGUGUUGUUUUGGUUACUGCAGUAAUGAAAUGGCAGCAGACAGCUAAUCGGCAGUGAUGGACGUCUGCAGCUUUCACUGUGUUUCAUUUAAUCUAAGUUAUAGUGUCGAUCUAAUCAGGAUCUGAGCCUCCACCACCAUCCUGAUGAAGGGCUGCACCCUCCCCCCAUUAUCCUCUGAGGCUAAUUAAGUGAAAUACGUGAGUCGAACUGGGAGGGGAUGAACAAUCACUGAUCAUGUUCCCACCAAAUGACCCGAGGAGCAGAAACAGCCCAGAAAGCAUGACGUGCACAUGCUGGGUGUGAACACAGUGUGAGCUGUGGUGACCACACACAGCUUUCCUUCCCUGAAAACCUGCAGCCAGCGCCGGGAAAUGUGACAGGGGACGACACCUCACGCGCCCCUCCAACACCCUACCAACCACAAACAAAGCCAGAGCAUGAGCUCAUUGUCCCCUAGCAACCGCAGCGGGUCCACGCCAACAGACCUGCGUUUGGGUGUGGAUGCGUGUGACAGAGUAGGACUGCGUUCAACUGUGCAGCGUGGGAGUCCUGAGGGAACGAAGCUGAAGGUUCCACAUGUGAGCAGCAGGGUCACAGGAGAUUCUGGAGCCAGUCACAGCCGUCACUGGGUCAGGUUAAAUGUGUGAUGAGCGCCAGGAGCAACGUGUGUGACGCAUGUGAAGCCAUGUCUGUCCACAGUGAGCAGGAGAGGCGUCGCUCCAAACCCGUCCAUCCCAGCCUCUCACCGCUUCCGCCUGGACCACGUUCCUACCAGGACCCCAGGUUCUGCAGCAGGAUCCCUACGCCCCCGGUUCUGCAAGGUGAGCGCUCCCUCACAGCCCCGUCCUCUGAAGCCUGCACUGAGCGUGCUGCUGCUGUCGUCUCAGUGCAGGGAUGUGGCUGCUCCAUCCAGCAGAGGCCCCCCAGCGGCCGGGCAGCAGAAAGGCUCCCACCGCAGAGCCCAGGGGCAGGAGAGCAGAGGCCGACGCUGCUGAGCAGAGUCAGGAGAACAGCAAGGAGCAGAACACAAGAACGGGCCGGCGGAACCGACGUGGCUGCAAAAGGUCCCAGGAUGUGGCCCCCAAAAGACGCAGCCCGUGAAGCAGCAGCCUUUUCCACGGCCCCUCACAGCAAUGAGAGGCAGGUUGACCACAUGCAGCCCGGUGCCCACAGCAUUGCAGAGCUGCAUCUGUAUCUGCCUUCGAUGGGCUGUGAAAGCGAGGAGCCCGGCUCUGACGCAGAGGAGAUGAGGUGACGUCUGAGGGCGACGGCGUGGUUCAAUAAAAGCCAAAUAACCAGCAAUGUUCACAGACGUAUUUACGUAUGUGGAAGUGUAAAAUAAAAGGUUGGGUAUGAAAUGUUCCACUGACAAUGUUUAUCCUCUAUACCAGCAACAAGUACAAAACUGCACAUGUGCUUGUAAAUGCGGAAUCACCUCGGCUUUGUUCCUUUUGUUGUGUCCAGCAGCUCAGACUGCAGCAUGUGCUGCACUGGGCUGAACUCUGUCUGCUCCGUCUGCUCUGUCUGCUCCACUCCGUCUGCUCCGUCUGCUCUGUCUGCUCUGUCUGCUCCACUCUGUCUGCUCCACUCUGUCUGCUCCGUCUGCUCCGUCUGCUCUGUCUGCUCCGUCUGCUCCGUCUGCUCCACUCUGUCUGCUCCACUCUGUCUGCUCCACUCUGUCUGCUCCGUCUGCUCCACUCUGUCUGCUCCACUCUGUCUGCUCCGUCUGCUCCACUCCGUCUGCUCUGUCUGCUCUGUCUGCUCCGUCUGCUCCACUCUGUCUGCUCUCCCACACCGGACCUCUACCUGCAGCACCGACCCAACUGUACAGCAUCUGGGUCCAGUGCUAGAAGUACUGUGGUGUGGCUCAUGUUGCAUGGAUCCUGAAGGAGACGCUGUUCAUUUCUUAUAACCUGUUUGUAAUGGAGUCACUACUUCUGGAUGAUUUUCAGCUCCACAUUUAUUGUAGAUUUGAUGGAUGAGUGGGAUUUGUAAUUGGCUUUUCUCAUUUUUAUUUGGCUAUUUGGCGUUUGUUUAUUUGGCAUCUUUUGUCUUAUCUUUUUGGUGAUUCAGUCAAGGAGAGCAAAGGGUCCAAGGAUUUGUUUGCUGUUAAAACUGCCAGUUCCCAUGUAGUUAGGAAGUCUAGGCUCAGGUGAAUCUGUUGGCCAUGUGAUGCUUCAAGAUAAAAAAAAAACAGAGGGAAAUUGCUUUGCCCACUUGUGAUUGCUCUCACGUUGUACCAUAUACAUCCAUAAGUAUACACAUAUACCUGUUUAUAGUAUAGGAGUGAUGUGUGCCCAACAAAUGUUUGCUUGUCCUUGUUUUUGAUUUAGUUUUGUCUGUUAGUACAAAAAUACAACAAAAUAGAAAAACAAUGUUUCUUAGUUCAAGCUUGAGUUAAUUAAGCUAUAAUUCAUGUUCAUGUUCUUUACUGCCUCAUCUUAUAUAUAUGAUAAUAUUGUGACCCUAUAAAAAUGUCUGUUGUUUAGAUGCUGUGAAUAA